AUGCAUGCUUUUGGCAAUGAACUUGUUGAUUCAAUAAAUAAAGAUAAAGGAAUUAAUGAUGAUGACACCUCUUUUAAUAAUGUUGAUCUUGUUGAAACCAACAUUGAUCUUAAUAUGGAACCAUAUGUCAAACCAACUGAGGUUGACAUUCAAAGUAAAAGGAAUGAAGAAGACGGUGAGGGUGAUGACAUUCACAUUUCCGAAACCUUGAAAAGGAUUAUUGAAGAGAAGAUUGCUCAUGUGACAAAUAAAGAAGUGAUUGAGAUUGAUGACGAAGCAAUUGUGACAAUUUUGAAAAUCUUAGUUAGUUAUGUAGAUGAUAAAGCUAAAGAUAAAAAGCACAAAAUAGAUAAUCCAAGUGCUGCUACAAAGAAUAUUGAGAAUGUGAAGUAG